AUGUUUUCCCAAGUCAAUUUUGAGAUUAUUCUAACUUUGCAGAAGUUCUUUAUUGUCAUACCCCUAUAUAUUGGUGUCGAGGUGAUUCUCGCUGUGGCUAUCCUUAACAAGGCUGGUGGUGCUUAUGGUGUCUUGUCCAUUCUUACAGGCCACCACUUGAACUUCUGGCAGUGGUUGUUUAACUUUUUGUCGUUCCUUACCCUUCCUUUCUACAUCUCCGGCUUGUCCAACAUCCUCAACAAAGCCAACAACGUUCGCAAGACAAGCUUGGCAUGCGUGAUCUACUUGAUUGAUACUGCUAUUGGUCUUCUUUACACCAUCUACUUUGUUCACUUCUGGUUCAGCAGGGAGGACAAUAACCCUACCAGCUACGGUGGCUCUGGCACUGAAACAUCUGGUGUCGACUCGUACAGCUCGUACGCCCGUCGUGAUGGGUCCAGUGAUUCUCUUUCUCAGUCUGCAUCGCCACAAAGAGAGCUCUUUUUGACCGUUAGUGGAAUUAUUGUGACCAACGCCCUUCGGUUGUACUUUGCAUUGGUCUUUGUCUCAUUUACCAAACAGCUCUUGAAGCAGUCCGCCCUCAACCAGAAGUACUACGGUGCAGACUCCUUAGACGAAGAAGUUUUGCACCCUACAAGCUUGAUGGGUAGGGUCAAGAAGGUUAUCUACGAUCUCGAGAUGAGAGCUAAGCACUUCAUGACAGACCUUUUGAAUUGA